GGUUCCUGUUGACACUGGCUGCCUUAAGUGCACCUCUUAUGCACUCCAGCACCCCGAUCAGCUCCCUCUUCUCCUUCACCAGCCCGGCAGUGAAGAGGCUGCUUGGCUGGAAACAAGGAGAUGAAGAGGAGAAGUGGGCAGAGAAGGCUGUCGACUCUCUAGUGAAGAAGCUGAAGAAGAAGAAGGGAGCCAUGGACGAGCUGGAGAAGGCCCUCAGCUGUCCAGGGCAGCCCAGCAAGUGCGUCACAAUUCCCCGGUCACUGGAUGGGCGGCUGCAGGUGUCCCACCGCAAGGGUCUGCCCCAUGUCAUCUAUUGCCGAGUGUGGCGCUGGCCGGACCUCCAGUCACAUCACGAGCUGAAGCCACUGGAGUGUUGUGAAUUUCCCUUUGGCUCCAAGCAGAAGGAGGUGUGCAUUAACCCCUACCACUACCGCAGGGUGGAGACGCCAGUGCUGCCUCCCGUGCUGGUGCCGAGACACAGUGAAUACAACCCCCAGCUCAGCCUGCUGGCCAAGUUCCGCAGCGCCUCUCUGCACAGUGAACCGCUCAUGCCCCAAAAUGCCACCUACCCGGACUCCUUCCAGCAUCCUCCGUGCUCCGCCUAUCCGCCCUCGCCCGGGCACACUUUCUCCCAGUCCCCGUGCACCGCCAGCUACCCACAUUCCCCGGGCAGUUCUUCUGAGCCGGAGAGUCCGUACCAGCACUCAGUUGGCACACCACCACCCCCGCCUUAUGCCACAGACGCCCCAGGGACCCAGAAUGACCGGCCUGUAGAUGCCACAGCUGGGGGUCAUUUAGUGCUGUCAGUGCCUAAUGGAGACUUCCGGCCCGUGUGCUACGAGGAACCGCAGCACUGGUGCUCCAUCGCCUACUACGAACUGAACAACCGCGUCGGGGAGACGUUCCAGGCCUCCUCCCGAAGCGUGCUGAUAGACGGGUUCACAGACCCUUCCAAUAACCGCAACAGGUUCUGUCUUGGACUUCUUUCCAAUGUAAACCGAAACUCAACGAUAGAGAAUACCAGGAGGCACAUAGGAAAGGGUGUCCAUCUGUACUACGUCGGGGGCGAAGUCUAUGCCGAGUGCGUGAGCGACAGCAGCAUCUUCGUGCAGAGCCGUAACUGUAACUACCAGCACGGCUUCCACCCGGCCACCGUCUGCAAGAUCCCCAGCGGCUGCAGCCUCAAGAUCUUCAACAACCAGCUGUUCGCGCAGCUGCUGGCACAGUCGGUCCACCACGGCUUCGAGGUGGUUUACGAGCUGACCAAGAUGUGCACCAUCCGCAUGAGCUUUGUUAAGGGCUGGGGAGCUGAGUAUCAUCGCCAGGAUGUCACGAGCACCCCCUGCUGGAUCGAGGUUCACCUUCACGGACCACUGCAGUGGCUGGACAAAGUUCUCACUCAGAUGGGCUCGCCACAUAACCCAAUUUCUUCGGUGUCGUAAAGUUCCUCUUGUAAGCCACGUUUCCAUUGAAUACAUGCUGUUGGAGGCAGUGGCU